UCCUCUUCCUGGUAACAUUCAGAAUUCAAUUCUUUUUCUGUGUGGUUUCUUCUCUUUCAAUGAAAUUCCAUUAAUAACCUGAACCAAAUUUCCUCCUUCAGAGGUAAAAGGCUAGCGAAUUCUCAUAGCUAGCCUGAAAAACCUUACAAAAAUGUCAUCAUCAUUAUUUUCUGCGGUGGUUAUAUUCAUAAUGUUAUGCAAUUGUUUUCCUCAAAUACGAUCAGUAAAAGAAGAAGAUAACACUUUAAUUCGAUUACCUUCUGAAGAAGAAGAAGUUGGGUUAUGCAAAAAAUCAGAGGUUCCACAAUCUUGUCCAGUCAAUUGUUUUCGUGCUGAUCCAGUUUGUGGUGUUGAUGGUGUAACCUAUUGGUGUGGUUGUGCUGAUGCUUAUUGUGCUGGUACCCAAGUUGCUAAAUUGGGGUUCUGUGAAAUUGGUGGUAAUGGUGGUAGUGGCAAUGCUGUCCCUAUUUCUGGUCAAGCUCUUCUCUUGGUACACAUUGUUUGGCUUAUUCUUUUAGGGUUUUCUCUAUUGUUCGGUCUAUUUUGAGGAGCAUUUGAUUGAUUUCAGGUGCUGAGAAGGAACCUCUGAAAAUUUGUCCUUGUGAGGGAGUUUGAUCCAGUAGCAGAGUUUCGAAACCCCUCUGCUCACCUUACUAAACGUGAUUUACAGCUACAACAAUGACUGCCAAAACUUGGAUCUAUGACGUGACUCAGCUUUGCUUGCGGAUGAGUGGCGAUGUGCUGUACCACAGUUUGUGCAUCCCUACAACCGUGAGGGGAUGGAGAAUGCACUUCUCCGGUCCAAAUAGUUAAUCAGAGAAACACCUUUACCAUAUUCAAGAUUUUGUGUGCUCAAGUGCAGCCGAGUGAAAGCUGCCCAUUUAGCUGAACAGUACAAGUGUGCUGGCUCAUUCAAGCGCAAGGAAGAUGCAUCUGUAUACCACAGCAAAAAAUGCAGGUUUUCCUAAAUAUUGAUGUUCGUGAGAGUUUUCAACUUCUUCACGAGUCAUCUGUUCAAUAAUGAUUCACAUUACCACACCCAAAAUUCAUCUGUAGAUUUGGUGUACAUAAGUUGUCCGACCAAAUUAAAAGCACCAAACUGUGAAUAUCCUAGCCCUUAUCAUAGACUGAACUUAGUAGGCAUGAGCAAUUCGUUUUGUGAGCGUAUCUGCAAGGAUUUUGACGAUCCUUAUUCAUUUAUUCUCGAUUCCCCGAUGUCUUGGAUGUAAUUUUGUGAGUGUAUUGAAAGCCUGUAACAUUUUCUAAUCA